UCAUUAAUUUUAAUUUUACGAAUUGAUCCUGCUCCUGCACUAUUUUAACUGACAGUUCGAUUAGACGGUUUCAACAGUGCAUGAGUCCAUUAUUAUUAAUCGUUUGAGAGUAAAAUUGUUUGAUGACUAUUGUAGAAAGCCUCUGCACGACUAAUAUGUAAUUGAAUAUUUCGUCUUUUAACUCUUUCAUAAUCUGUGAGAUAUUUAUUAAAUUAAUAUUAAUCAAUAUCAUUUUCAGUGGGAUUGCAUCAAAUGAGUCUAAACUAAAAGAGCUUCGUAAUCGUAACACUACACUUUCAAAGGAUACUUGCACAAUCGCAACAUAAAGUUUGUUACGCUCGGUUUAUAAAAAAUUUAGGAGUAUAAAGAAAGAAUGAGCAAAAAAGUUGAAAUGUCGUCACCAGCGUCAACCUUGGCGGACAGCAAGGCCCACCACCAUCACCAACAUACCGAUCAGCUUCCUCAUCACCCGAUCCUCAAGCUACACAACGACCAUCAAACCUGCGAACCGACACAAAAACCGACAACGCCCAUCUCGGUUCCUGAAGAACAGCCUUGCAGAUUUGACGCCGGCGAUAACGACAACAACGACGACGACACGCUCCACGUUGACGACAGCUCACAAGCUUCCAACAUUCGUAGACAAUCAGUAACGUUUGUAAGCUCUCACGAAGACCCCAGCUUGGACAAGAGGAAGCUGCAAAGGACACCUACUCCUUUUCAUGAAGUUCUCUUAGCCGAAGGUGACGUCUCGAUCGCAUCAUCAACCGAUGAAGCCACCGCACUGAACUCUUCGUUAACUGAAGAUAGCACUGGUGACGACGAUGAUGUUGCUGGUAGAUGAUGUGCAGAUGCAGGGGUUACUGCGGUUCUGUUUUAUGGUUGAAUAUCCAGUCUACAUGUUCAUAUAAGACAAGUAUAGAAAAUAAAUAAUAUUUAUUUUUCUACACACAUAUAUACGUGCAUACAUACAUAUAUGUAACUUAGUUGUAACAUUUAAAACUAUAUUUUAUUCAAAUUUAUUCAAAUAAUGAAAUGGAGCUUACAGUGUUUCGUAUUACGUAUAUGCAUGUAUGUACUUUAGUGACAUCUAGAACAAUGCAUAUAUAAUUAUAAUUUCUAUUCAAGUUGUGCUAUCUUACAUUUUGUUGUUUAUUUAAUGGCGCUGUGUAUGUCUGUGUGUGCGUGGAUUGGUUAGAAGUUUGUUGCUGAGCUACGAUACUGUUGUCGAAGAGACAUGCUUGUAUAAAAUGUUGUUGCACAGAAAGUGUAGUUGCGCUCCUUGCGAUCAUUUUGUUUUGCGUGUAAUGCCGUUGUUGAAACUGUUCUUGAUAUUUAUCUCACCUUGAUUUAUUCUUCGCAUGUCUUCUUGUAUUUUUAUUAGCAUGUCAGGUAGUUCUAAAAAUAAUUUUUAAAAAACUUCAAAUAUCAAGAACCUUCAAGUGAUAAAUUUUCUUGAAUUCUGCAGUUAUUUGUCUUAACGGUCUAGUAUAAUGCUAAUUAAAUAGCUCUUUUAGGUUGAUUCUUAUGGUUUUUUUUAGUACGUUUUCUGUUGAAAAAGUUAUUUGCUCAGUGAAAAUUCGUGAUUGAAAUAAUUUGCUUUUAUUUUGAAAUUAAUUUUUAAUUUUCUGUUGAACAGUGCAAGAUCUGUUCGAAAUAAUUUAAUUGAACUUUUAUAUCAAUCAAUCGAUCGAUCAAUCAUCCAAUGAAUUGAAUAUUUGAAGCUGUAAUAAUUAUUGAAUCAAAUGUUGAUUUUAUUGUUUUGUUUGUAAUUGCAUAUUCAAAUAAACCCCAAAGACAAUUAAUUUGAUCCUAGACAACAAAUUCACGUCCCAAUUAUUUUGCAGUUUAUACUGCAGUUGCAGCAUUAUAUGAACGAGCGUUUCAUUAAAACGUUUAUUGUUGUUUCAAUCAGUUGUAACAAAUUUUAUUGUUGUAAUAAAAGUCUUGCUUAAGA